AAGUUGGGAAUCCGGUUCAAAUCGGGUCAAUUCGAACCAGUUGCAGAAACAAAGGGAAAGGGCGCUGGGUGGGGUCACCAGUCACCGAGACGCACUUUCUUUCUCCUCGAGGGUACAGCCGCGCCGCAGGCCUCCGCCCUCCCGCCGCUGCCGGCCUCCGUCGAGCCUACGAAGUCGCCAGCCAUCUGUCCCUGGGGCUCUUUAUAUUCUGACCUCGAGACACAAUGAGGUUGGAAAAAUGCUGGUUCUGCUCCUCGACUAUAUACCCUGGACAUGGUAUUCAAUUUGUUCGUAAUGAUGCAAAGAUUUUCCGAUUUUGCAGAUCCAAAUGCCACAAGAACUUUAAGAUGAAAAGAAACCCUCGCAAAGUAAAAUGGACCAAGGCCUACAGGCGGGUGCAUGGAAAGGACAUGACACAGGAUUCAACUUUCGAGUUUGAGAGGAAGAGGAAUAGGCCAGAGAGAUACAACAGAAAUGUCACAGAGAACACACUGAAGGUCAUGAAGAAGAUUGUUAAAGUCAGAGCAGAGAGGGAGGCUAGGCAUAUUAAAUUGAGGAUGAAAGGAAAGGCAGCCAAGGAGCAAAAGGAGGCAGUGAAGGAAUUGGAGCAGAGCAUCCACAUGGUCAAAGCUCCAGCUGUGCUCCGACAAGAUCAAUCUCUCACCUUACCGAUGAUCAAAGCCGAGGUUUCCCAGCAACAAUCAGAGGCUGUACGGGCCAUGGAAGAGUGAUUUUUCUACUAUGCAGCUCUUUCAAUUUUCUCUGUUUUCAAACCAAAUGUUCUGAGCAAUAUUGGCUAUGCUAUUCUCUACAUGGACAAGAAUAGAAUAAUUUAUAAUACAAGAGUUUGGCAAUUUACACGUUCUUAUAAAAUAAA